AUGGCGGCGACGCACGCGCCGCGCCACGAGCGCCACGUCACGGUCGUGGACCACGAGCACCCCGUCUACGUGACGCGCGAGGUCGUCCACCGCCACCGGCGCGUCCGCUACGAACACGACGCGGAGCGCCACGUCGAGGUGCCGGGACGCGUGCGCGCGUGGGGCGGCUGCGGCGAGGGGCCGCGCCGCAGUUCGCCGGCGCGGUACCGCGUCGUCGGCGAGGGCUACGUCCCGCGGGACCGCGAGCCCUCCCCGCGGCGCGACCGCGCCGUCGGCCGCGCCCUCGGCCGCGGCCCGGCGCCGCUCGCCUACGGGUCCAUGACGGACGGCUACUACCUCGCCAAGCCGCACGCCGCGGACUUUUUCGUCGACGGCGACCCCCUCCCGACCUACGACUUCACGCCGCGGUGCCGCGCGCCGGCCUACGGCCACCGCGCGCCCCCGACGUACGCGCGCGGCGCCUGCGGCUACGACGUCGGCCGGGCGCCGUCCUACGCGGCCCGCGCGUCCUACGCGGACUGGGCCGGCUCCGGCUUCGCCGCCGGCGCCGCCGCCGCCGACGGCGCGCCGGCGUUCUGGCGCGUGCGCAAGGGCGCCAUCGUGCGCAGCGGCGCCGAGACGUCGAGCGCCCUGGUCUGCGAGCUCGACGCGAACCGGCUCGUGGCGACGGCGGAGGCGCGGACCGUCGGCGGCACGGUGCGCCUGCGGGUCGUCGAGCCCUGCGCCGGCUGGUGCUCGCAGAAGGUGCUGGACCCCGUGGCGGGCCUGGCGCUGGGCGCCCUCGACGCGCGGGCGCUCCUCGAGGUGCGCACCGCGGGCCGCAAGGGCGACGGCGUCUUCGCGCGGUACGAGGGCGAGCUCAUCGACGAGGCCGAGGCCGACCGGCGCUACCCCGGCGGCGACAACCGCUUCCUCUACCGCGUCGACGACGCGGGCCUCUGCGUCGACGCGACGAACAGCGCGCACUUCAGCCGCUGGCUCAACCACAGCCGCGGCUGCUACAACCUGAGGACGCGGACGGAGUCGCGGCCCAUCGACGCGGGCGACGAGCUCACCUUCGACUACGGCAUGAGCUACUGGCACGACGGCGACGAGGUCAUCGAGGACGCCUACGGCCUCGUGGCCGCCAAGUCCGCGGCCGCGCGCGCGGACGCCGACGCCGCGAACGCGAAGGGCCUCAGCGAGGCGGAGGCCAAGGCCGAGUUCGAGCGCAUCUUCGGCCACCCGCCCGACCCGGGCGCCGCGCCGUCCUAA